AUUUUCAAAUCAAAAUAAAACCGCCAAACUAAAGUAAAAAUUUUAUAAUUGCUAAAAGUGUCUCUACAGAGCUUGUCUUGUUGAUCUUUUUUUAUUAACGUAGUUGAUGAUUAUAUCUCUAUUUCUGAACUGAAGUGAAUCUCUUCUAUUAGAUCUGAAAAUGUCUUUAACACAAAGUAGUCAAUUCCUAACCUCACAAAGUGUCUCCUCAAUUCAAAUGUCUCAGGAUAUCAAGACUCGGAUACGAAUGUUUAAGACGACACUACAAGAAAUUGGAAUACAAUUGUCUUUCGGCGACGAGCCCCACAUUCUUACACAAGAACAGUCACUCGUUGUAAGAGAUUUAGAAAAGUAUUUGGAACAAUCCAAGGAUGUAUUUCAGAGCUUUAUGACUGGUUUAAAGAUUUUAUGCAAAAAGGAAAAGUACUUUAAGAAAGCUCUAGCCUUAACUUAUUUAAGAAAAAGUAAUGAUGAGACUAUUAGCACAAGUGCAAAACAAAGGACUGAACAAGAGAGUUUAUUUAGAAUUUUUCUUAAAGUCAGAUGUCUGCAAUCAGAAGUAACUGAAGUACUUCUUGAUGAAAUAACUUCAAUAUCGUGUGAAUCAACCGAGGAUACAUCAUGGCUACAUUCUCUUUUAAAUUCAUUUCGAUAUUUACCUUACAUGAAAGACCCAGAAAACAUUACCACCAAGCUAAUAGACAUUCUUGAAGUUGCUACUUAUCCUGCUCAAUUAGAAAUCUUAGAUACAAUACCUGAAAUUAUACCUGACAGCCAAUUUAGUGAAACUACAAAGCAAUUGUGUAAGCUACUUGAUGAAAAAGAUGAGUUGACAGGAGCUAUAAUAGAUUGUUUAAAUGCACUGGACUUGGAUGCUGAUAUGAGAACUGAAGUUCAGGACAGAAUACUGGAGAGAAUGAGUGGUGGCACCUCUUUAAAAGAUUUCCCCAUUCUAUUGUCAUUUUUGAUGUCAGACUGCAAAUCACAAAAUUCUGUCCCAGUUCUUUUAAAAAUUCGCAACGCAUUGGACUCAAUCAUGCUGACACCAGAAAAGAGCAAAGAUAAAGAAUCUUCUAAAAUAUUAAUUUUCAACAAGCUUCAAUCUUUCACGCUUUCAUCAAAAGCUGCAUCUGAAGCUUGGUUAAAUAUGAUUUCAAGUAUCAAGUCAUCAUCUGAUCAUAAGCCAAUAGAUUACUUGAUAAUGUUCAUGCUCUACAAUGUAGCACCAUUCAAGAAGAGAAUAAUAGAAGCCAUUUUUAGAAAACGUGUUCAUUCUGGAUUAUUUAAAAUUAACAAUUUGGAAAAAAUGUUUGACAAAUAUUUACCACAACAAUUAUUAAAAGAUUAUUUAACAUCUAUUGUAGAAAUAGGUUCCCAUUUAGCACGAAGUUCUGGAGAUCAAAUAAUAAAAGAAUUUUGUUUAACAUUAUUCAACUUACUCUUCAAUCAUGAAUACACUGAGUCAAUAUAUAGACGAGAGAUACUAAACAGUUUGAUAGUACUAACAGGAGCUAGUGAUAAAAAAACAGUUAGUACUGUGCUUAGUAUUAUUUCAUCUUUAACUGAUAAAAAGGAAAAAUUACAGCAACAUAUCAUGAUAUUAAUGAGACUUCUGGAAAAACUUGAUUCUCUUGACCCAAUUGAUGUCAAGAUUGUGUUUGAAAUAUUGUGUGGUUUAACUUGUGGACCUGAUGUUGAUAGUUCCAUGUCAGGAGCACAAAACGAGAUCCAUAUCAUAAUUAGAAAGCAGUUAUGUAGUACGAAAAAAUCAAUAAAAUACAGGGGUAUUAUAGCCGCAGUGGUUAUGGCAAGAAGUAUAGCUCGUAUUUCGAAUGAAGAUACUCGUGAGCUACCUAAAACUUCUAUGAAGAGUCUUUCAAGCUUGCCUAAAGGUCCAGCACGGGAAGCAGGUAGCUUAUUGGAACUUGCUAAUACAUGCAGCAGUGGAUAUCCCGAUUUAAUAGGUCUGUACUAUGAUCAGUUAGCAUCAAUGCUUAUUUCAAAGUAUCAGUUGGAUAAGUUUUUCUUGGCGUGGUUGUAUGAAACCAUAACCGAAGAAUUUAGAAAAACAUACAUAUCAGAGUCUCUACCACAACCUAUAAACGAUUUGGAAAUGACUUUUCAGUAUACAUUAAAUAGGUCAUCUGAAGUGGAUUCACCAAUGGGAAUAAAUAUUGGUGAACUAACCUUGAAGAAGAAUCCUGCUAUUUUGGUUUUGGCUCCACGUUUCCGUUUGUUGAGAUUACUUCAUUACCGUCAACAAGACGGAAAUCUUUCAACGAUAGAUGCUUUAUUGGGAUCUGCCGUAAUCUUACCACGGUUCGACGAUGUGGACUACUUCGAUUCUGAACAAAUAAAACAGGUGGCAGACUGUUUGUUUCACUGUGGUAAUUGGUUUAGAGAACUGAUCAGUGGAUUUGUUACUCAAAAAGAUAAGAAGUUACGGAUGCGCGUUAUACAAAGAUUAGGGAAUUUACUUGAAGUGGAAAGCAAUCUUAGUAAAUGCUUAGGUCAAUCUCCUAAUCACAAAUUUCCUGCUAGUUACUUCGAUCUACAUCACGAAGCAAAUAAAAAUGUUAUCACAAAAAGCGACAUGAAAACAAAAAAUCCCAAGAAAAAAGUUAAGACGUCCGCCACUGUUGAAGCAGAUGAUACAGUGAAUUCGACUGUUGCCACACAAAGUAAUAAGCGAAAAGCGUCUACAUCGAAAAUAUCAAAUACCGUAGAACAUAAAAUCCAUUUUAGAGAUUUGGACACUGACGCAGUAUUAUUACUUAAGUAUCCUUUGUCUCUAUCUGACGAGUCUAGCCCAACCCCUUCACAGGCAGCUACGCUACAGAUAGAAGAGUUAAAAUUUUUGUUGAAAGACUUGGUUUUAAAAUUAACAAUCACUACGCAGAGCAAAAACGCAGGGUUGUCCCAUUUGAAUGAAGUUAUACCUCUUCAUAUUAUAACGGAUGUUGGAUACGUGCUUCCCAAUUUGGACUUACAUCUCAGGGUAAUUGUUGAUAAAUUAAAUAAACUUCUAGAAGAAACAGACGGCAGAACUGAUCUAGCAGAAAUGUUUUCACCAACAGCUAUCAAUUAUAAAACAUGUUUUGGUCUGAUUUUGGAAUCUUUGUUGUUGAUAUUUAGCUGGACAGGCUUCCAACAUUCUAGUAAUCUAGAGGUACUUAAAAAUAUGUUAAAGAGUAUGCGUUCAUCGGAGCAAUCACAGUCACUCCAUUCAGCACAUCGUCUCAUCAUAGAAUUAAUCAACAGACUUUCUGGUUAUAACGAACAAUGCCUAGAACUAUCUCAUGCUGUAUAUUUAUUAAAAACUAUGGAAGCUCUUUACGCUAUCACGACACCUAGUCCUGAUAUUCAGAAGAAAAUAUCGGCCGUCGCUGAAAAACUCCUUUCAAGACGUUGGUAUAAUUCUAAAGGUAUACCAGAAAGCGGAAGAAAUUGUUAUCUGAAUAUAGACGUUUUGGUUAAAACUUAUCUAUCUAGUGCUGAUGUAGAAACGCUCACAGGAUUGAUUGGAACUUUGCAAGAACAAAUUGAACAUCUGGUUUCCAAAGAAGACUCGUUACAGAUGCUAAAUAGCAUUGAUAAGCAGAAUUUCCAUGUGCUUUAUAACGGAUUGUGCAGCGCGUUAGUUAACAGAACAAAAACGGAAAUAGAACACCUCAGUAACAAUCAACACAUAAUAGUAUGGACCAAUGUAACACUCGCGUUGCUAGGACUGAAGAAUAUUGCCCAAAAGCAGGAAACGAGAACUAACUUGGGUUGCUACUUGAAAAAAUCUAUAGCAGUUUUAAAAAUAUUCCUUUCACAUGGGAUACCAAUGAUGGAAAUUAUGCUGAAAUCGAAACCAGACGAAGUUGUUACUAUUUUUAAAACGAUGCAGAGCAGCACCAGGUUUUUACAUCACUUAUGUUGCUACAGCAAGUUUACUAAGGAUGCUAGUUUAAUGGCAUAUGUUCCGCAAUUUAGAUUGACAUUAGAAUCGCUUGUCUACAGGGUGAAAGCAGCAUUGGUAGCAAACAACUGCUCCUCCGCUUUCUGGAUGGGACAUUUGAAAAAUAAAGAUUUACAUGGAGAAGAAAUUUUAUCGCAAAGCACAGUAAUGACAGAUGAUACCAACAAAGAUAGUGAUGAAGAACUGCUGCCCUCUGAUGAAAGUGAUACCGAAAUUUUAAAUGGAAACACUGAAGAUGAUAGAUCUGUUGGUAGUGAAGUGUAUGACUAAUUAUAUGUUUAUAUAAAUAAUAUGUUUUGUUAAAUUUUGUAAUAUUUUCUAUUUUAAUAUAUGUAAUUCAUUUUCAUUUUGAU